AUGGCUCCUCCGAGCGAGCAAGCGGUUAAAGACUUGAACCCCGUGUUCGAACGACAAAACGAGUUGUAUCACCAAAUUUCGCGUUCGUUGGACAAUUUUAAAAAACUAGCAAUAGUUAAAAGAACCCGCGGAAAUAUACAAAGUCGAUUGGACCGCCUUGAGGUUAAUUGGAAUGAAUUCAAUAACUCGCAUACAUUAUUGUCGAAAUACAAAUCCGAUUGUAAGGAUAAAAGUUAUUUUUCGGAUGACAUAUUCUUUACGUGCGAAGAAGAAUACAUAGAAUCGAAAGGAGCCAUGCUAGAUUUUUUGAAUGAUCUCUCUCUUCAAAAUGUUAACAUUUCAACUUCAAAAAACAUUCAAUCUCAAGCGCACCAUCUUCCUCAAAUAAAUUUACCGAAAUUCAACGGAAAAUAUUGCAAUUGGUCGCAGUUUAAAGAUCUAUUUAUGUCCAUGAUUCACGAUAACGAUAACAUUUCGGACGUGGAAAAACUCCAUUACCUGAAAAUGAGUUUGUCAGAUGAACCAUCUCAAUUAUUAAAGAAUGUGGUAAUUACAAAUGAUAACUUCUCUCGCGCUUGGCAAAUGCUAUUGGAACGUUAUGAAAAUAAAAGAUUAUUGAUUGACUCUCAAUUAAACACGUUAUUCAAUUCUCGCUCAUUAAAAAAUGAUUCUUCUCUUGAAUUAAAACGAUUGCUGGGAGAAGUUAAAGAAUCUCUUGGUGCUUUAGAAGCUUUAGGUUGCCCUAUAAAACAUUGGGAUCAUAUUCUUGUAUACAUGAUUGUACGAAAGCUCGAUGUUGACACGAUAAAAGAUUGGGAAAAAUCUUUAGUAAAUAAUCAAAAUCCACCAUCCUAUGACGAACUUGAAUUGUUUCUAUUAGGACGACUUCAUGCUCUGGAAACUAUUGAACAAUUAGCUAAUCGCAAAAUUAAUCAAAAUUCAGCAACGUACAAUAAAAAUUCAAAUGUAAAGUCUCUCAAUGCAUCUCCUUUCAAAAGCACUUGUGUCCUCUGUCAAGCAUCACAUUAUCUUUCUGGUUGUCAACAAUAUUUAACAAAAACGCCUAAUCAGCGAUCAGAUUUCGUCGUUUCGAAGAAUUUAUGCUUCAAUUGUCUUGGACCACAUCUUCGUAAAAAUUGUAGAAUAAGUAAAAGAUGUCGAAUUUGUCAAAAACAGCAUCAUACUUCACUCCAUGAUUAUAAACCAUCAACAGAUCAUACAAACUCUCACUCUCAAAAGGAUUCAAACAAUCUUUCCACUCAACUUCAAGUAAACGCUCCAACUUUCACGCCAAUUUCAACAACUUCCAGCCAUCUCAUUCAUUCACAUCACGUCCACACUCCUGUGUUACUAGCCACUGCUCUGGUUGGAGUAACUUCUCAUCUGGGCGAACGUCGUAUAGUACGAGCUCUUAUCGAUCAGGGAUCUGAAGUGAGUUUUAUUUCGGAAGGAUUGGUUCAACAAUUAAAGUUACCUCGACAUUCUAAAACCAUACCCAUUUCUGGAAUUGGAUCCCAACAGACCAGUAUUUCACAUGGAUCAGUACAAAUACAAUUAUUUUCUAGAAUAAACGAAUCCUAUACCUUUACGGAAGAUGCAUUAAUAUUAUCUAAAUUAACGGCAUACCUGCCUCAAAGAAAUACCGUCCCGUUAGAUUUUGAUCUUAGCGACAUAUUAUUGGCUGAUCCAGAUUUUACCUCAUCUAAGAAAAUAGACUUAAUUCUAGGAGUCGGCUUUUAUUCUAAAAUUAUUCAAACGGGAAUUCGUAAAAAUCAUGAUGGCUCUUUGAUGGCGCAACAAACUUCACUUGGAUGGAUAUUAUCUGGAAGUCUCUCAUCGUCUCCUGAAGAAUUAAAGGCUUACGGUUUUCAAUGUUCUAUAGAUUACGAAUUUCUUGAUCUGAUGCAAAGGUUCUGGAAACAAGAAGAAAAUUUAUGUAACUUACCACCGUGCCUUUCACCAGAAGAGGUUAAAUGUGAGGAACAUUUUGCAAAAACUUACUCUCGUAAUUCGAACGGACGCUUUAUCGUUCGCCUUCCAUUUAGCAAAUCGCCCCAAGAAUUGGGAAAUUCAUACACAUCAGCGCUACAAAUGUUUAAGAGAAUGGAAUUACGUUUUGCAAGACAUGAGAACUUAAAAAAAGAAUAUAGUAAGUUCAUGAAUGAAUAUUUAUUGCUAAAUCACAUGCAUUUAAUUCCAUUUCCAUCACUUGAAAUUCCACAUUAUUUUCUCCCACAUCACGGAGUAAUCCGUGAAAGUAGCUCCAUUACAAAAUUGAGAGUUGUAUUCAACGGGUCACAGAAAACAACAACAGGUGUGUCUUUAAACGAUUGUUUAUUUAGUGGCCCAAAAUUACAAACUGAACUCGUUGAUGUUUUGCUGCGUUGGAGACGUUAUCCAAUUGUUUUUGCAUCUGACUUAGAGAAAAUGUAUAGACAAAUUCGUGUACAUCAAGAUGAUUUACCAUUCCAACAAAUUAUUUGGAGAGAAAAUUCAUCACAGCCAAUUCAAGUAUGUCAACUUUCAACUGUUACUUAUGGUCUCCCUAGCGCUCCAUAUUUAGUUCUUAGAUGUUUACGUCAGCUCCCUGAUGAUAACUCAGAAAACCUUCCUCAAGGCUCAGAAAUCCUUAAAUUGAAUACAUAUGUGGAUGAUAUCUUCUCUGGAGCAAAUAGCAUAGACAAAGUUCACGAAAUAAUCUUCGAGCUCAAUAAAAUUCUAAAAUCAACUGGUUUCACUGCAAGGAAGUGGGUUUCAAAUCAUCAAGAUGCUCUUGUUCAUUUACCUUUAGAUGUCCAACGGUACACAACCAGCCAGGACCUGUAA